ACUACCCUACAUUCUACAAUUGCCCGCCGCCCGCGGUUCCUUCGUCACUCCUCCCUCCGCCGCCUCUCCUCCCUGGCACCGCCGUGACAAGCCUAACUAGCAAGGCGCGAGCCAUGGCGACCCCGGGACGGAUCGAACUGGACAAGCUGAGCGUGGAGCAGCUCAAGGGGCUCAAGGAGCAGACGGAUCUGGAGGUCAACCUCCUCCAGGACAGCCUCAACAAGAUCCGCACAGCCGCCACCCGCCUCGAGAGCGCCUCUGCCGCGCUGCAGGACCUAUCCCUCCGCCCCCACGGGAAGAAGAUGCUUGUGCCGCUCACGGCGUCGCUCUACGUGCCCGGCUCGCUCGACGACGCCGAGAAGGUCCUCGUCGACGUCGGCACUGGUUACUUCAUCGAGAAAACCAUGGCUCAAGGGAAAGAAUACUGUGAAAGGAAAAUUAAUUUAUUGAAGUCAAAUUUUGAUGAACUGGUUGAGGUGACUACGAAAAAGAAAGCCAUAGCAGAUGAGAUGGGUCUCCUGCUACAAGCCAAGCUGAGGCAAGCAUCGCCUGGCCCAAGUUCAUGAGAGCUCCGGAUGCAUGUCUUGUCUCCGCCUUGUUGGAUGAAUGGAUGGUUUAGGUUGUAGCAUUAGGGAAGCACAGGGAAACGAUAGCUACUUUUGUCAUGUGUGCAAGGCUACGGGCCACAGAAAAUUUGCUGAACCAACGGGCCACAUCAAACAUCAUCAAGUUAUUUUGAAGUUGGUCCUGAACAAGAGUCGAGUAAUUUUGAAGUUAGCGUUGAACUUGCUGUGUAGAUUGUAUUUUUUUGGUCACACACUGAAGCCAAUGCUUAUGGUCAUCAGUGUUAUGUUUCUCGCACCUCAAUGGUUAAUUUGGUUUUUGUUGUUGUCCA